AUGAUGGCAUUUCGAUUUUUGAUGGGAGUGUUUGAAACCGGAUAUUCUCCUGGUGUUCCAUACUAUCUUACAUUUUUCUACUAUCGACAUGAGAUAGCAUGGAGAAUUUCUGUUUUCUGUGUAGCGGCUCCCAUUGCUACUACCUUUUCCGGCGCUCUUGCCUAUGGCAUCACUAAAAACACCAAUCUUGCCAUUGCUAGCUGGAGAGUUCUGUUUCUAGUUGAAUCUUUACCUACAAUUGCGCUAGGACUCUGGGGUUACUAUGCUCUUCCAAAUAGUUCGGCAGAUAGUCGAUUUCUAACGGAACAUGAGAAAAAUAUUGCGAAGGCACGACUGGCCAGACAAAUAUCCAAAGUGGAGAUGUCCCGAUCAUUCAGAGUCAAGGACUUCUUAACUUCGCUGAUAGAUCCCAAAGUUGUCCUUCCGAUGGUGAUGUACUUUUCUAUUAAUGUGUCGUACUCGUCACUGCCAGUUUUCACUCCUGCUAUUAUUCAUGGAAUGGGAUUUACGUCUGUUAAUUCCCAAGGAUUGUCUGCAAUACCCUACAUCUACACCACCGUCAUUGUUUUACUUUCUUGCUAUCUGUCAGAUCGGUGGAGGGUUCGUGGAGCUUUCGUGACUAUUCUGUCACUCAAAGGUGCUGUAGGAUGGCUGUUGCUAGCUCUUUGCAAGACUACCGGAGUUAGAUACUUUGCACUAUUCCUAGCAUCAUCUGGGAUCUUUAGCUGUGUGCCAUUGAUGCUUACUUGGAUGUCCAAUAACCAAGGAACAGAACAGAAGAGAGGCAUUGGCUUUAUGUUUAUCAACAUAUUAGGACAGACCGGUCCACUAGUUGGCACCCGAUUAUUUCCCGCCAGCGAAGCACCAUUGUAUAUUAAAGGUUGCUGGAUCAGCUUUGGAUUUACAGUAUUUUUAUCAACCUGCUCAGUAGUCCUUGCUCUACAUCUUAUCUAUGAAAAUAGAAAACUGGAGCGGAAAUACGGCCCUGCAGAAGAUACCACCCAGGCAUCAAAUUCAGUUUCCGAGGAUGGAGAAGUCAAUCCAAACUUUAGGUAUAUCUGGUGA